AUGGUUGAUGCUGCAGUGGUGUGUAGAGAACUGGACUGUGGAAAGCCUGUUGAUGCUCUGCGUAAUGCUCAAUUUGGACCAGGAUCAGGACCAAUCUGGAUGAGUUUUGUCAUGUGUACUGGAUCAGAGUCUACACUGAAGAACUGUGGGUCAAGAGGAUGGGGUAAACACUUCAACUGUGAUCAUAUUAGAGAUGCUGGAAUCAUCUGCUCAGGAGUCAGACUUGUUGGAGGUUCUCGCUGCUCUGGGAGAUUAGAGAUACUUCAUGAGAAGACGUGGGUUUCAGUGUGUGAUGCGGCCUUUGACCAGCAGGAUGCAGAGGUUGUGUGUAGAGAGCUGGACUGUGGGGCUCCUGUACAGGUGCUGGGAGCAGCUGCUUUUGGCAAAGGAGAGGGUCAGAUGUGGACAGAAGAGAUUCAGUGUAGAGGCAACGAAUCUCAGAUUCAUCUCUGUCCAAAAUCACCAUCAAUCAAAAGCAACUGUUCUCAUGACAACAUCACUGGAUUGUUGUGUAGCGACAUAAUGAAUGUGAGGUUGGUUGGUGGUAACAGUCCCUGUGCUGGUAGAGUGGAGGUUCUUCAUAGAGGACAGUGGGGAACAGUAUGUGAUGCUGGUUGGGAUAUGGCUGAUGCUGCAGUGGUGUGUAGAGAGCUGGACUGUGGAGAGCCUGUAGAUGCUUUGGGUGAUGCUCAUUUUGGACCAGGAUCAGGAUCAAUCUGGAUGAAAAAUGCAAUGUGUACUGGAUCAGAGUCCACACUGAAAAACUGUGGGUCAUUAGACUGGCCUUAUGACUGUGAUCAUAGUAAAGAUGCUGGAGUCUUUUGUGCAGGCAUCAGGCUGGUUGGAGGUUCUCGCUGCUCUGGGAGAUUAGAGAUACUUUAUGAGAACACGUGGGUUUCAGUGUGUGAUGCUGCCUUUGACCAGCAGGAUGCAGAGGUUGUGUGUAGAGAGCUGGACUGUGGGGCUCCUGUACAGGUGCUGGGAGCAGCUGCUUUUGGCAAAGGAGAGGGUCAGAUGUGGACAGAAGAGAUUCAGUGUAGAGGCAAUGAACCUCAGAUUCACUUCUGUCCAACAUCACCAUCAAAUGAAAACAACUGUCCUCCUGAAAACAACGUUGGACUGGUGUGUGCAGACAGUGUGAAUGUGAGACUGGUGAAUGGUAACAGUCCCUGUGCUGGUAGAGUGGAGGUUCUUCAUAGAGGACAGUGGGGAACAGUGUGUGGUUAUUCCUGGGAUAUGGCUGAUGCUGCAGUGGUGUGUAGAGAGCUGGACUGUGGAGAACCUGUAGAUGCUCUGAGUGAUGCUCAUUUUGGACCAAGAUCAGGACCAAUCUGGAUGAAUCAAACAUUUUGUACUGGAUCAGAGUCCACACUGAAGAACUGUGGAUCAGCAGAUUGGGGUGUUUUUGUCUGUGAUCAUAGUAAAGAUGCUGGUGUCAUCUGCUCAGGCAUCAGGCUUAUUGGAAAUUCUCGUUGCUCUGGACAAGUGGAGAUACUUCAUGAGAAGAUGUGGAUUUCAGUGUGUGAUGCUGCCUUUGACCAGCAGGAUGCAGAGGUUGUGUGUAGAGAGCUGGACUGUGGGGCUCCUGUACAGGUGCUGGGAGCAGCUGCUUUUGGAAAAGGAGAGGGUCAGAUGUGGACAGAAGAGAUUCAGUGUAAAGGCAACGAAUCUCAGAUUCACCUCUGUCCAAGAUCAUCUUCACUCGAAAACAACUGCUCCCAUGAAAAUGAUGAGGGGCUUCAGUGUGCUGACCCCAAAAAUGUGAGACUGGUUAAUGGUAACAGUCCCUGUGCUGGUAGAGUUGAGGUUCUUCAUAGAGGACAGUGGGGAACAGUGUGUGAUCGAGGUUGGGAUAUGACUGAAGCUGCAGUGGUGUGUAGAGAACUGGACUGUGGGGAGCCUGUAGAUGCUCUGGGUGAUGCUCAUUUUGGAGCAGGAUCAGGACCAAUCUGGAUGGCUGGUGUAUUAUGUACUGGAUCAGAGUCGACACUAAAGAACUGUGGAUCGGCAGGUCACAAACGUUCCAGACUUGCUGCUGGGUCUCAUCUGUGCUCUGGGAGAUUAGAGAUAUUUCAUGAGAAGACGUGGGUUUCAGUGUGUGAUUCUGCCUUUGACCAGCAGGAUGCAGAGGUUGUGUGUAGAGAGCUGGACUGUGGGGCUCCUGUACAGGUGCUGGGAGCAGCUGCUUUUGGAAAAGGAGAGGGUUACACAGCGCUCAGACUGGUAAAUGGCACAGACUCCUGUUCUGGAAGAGUGGAGCGUCAGUUACACAGAUACUGGGGAACAACUGGUUUGGAGAGGGAAGUGGUGAAAUCUGGGCUGAUGUGUUUGAUUGUCAGGGGAAUGAAACACAACUCUCACAAUGUCCCAUCUCUUCAUGGAGUCGAUCUGAAUGUUCUCAUAGACGAGAUGUUGGAGUCAUCUGUUCUCGUGAGUUUACUGUAG